AUGUCCGAACGGCAUAUGGAGGGGUACGGCUUCUUAAAGCUAUCGUUUCCUGCUCUGUCUCUCAACCUCCUCAAUUUCUCCUGCGUCCCUCUCUCGCACCUGAAGCCUGAGAUUACGAAGCGUGCCCACGAUAAUACUUCUCUUCAAAAGCAGACAGCGUCCUCAUCCUCCCCUAGUCCGUCGAGGUCAUCUGCCAGGCAUGUCCAGCCAACUGCCUUAUCUGGUCCCAACACAGCCGCCACCUACUGGUACAACACAACCUCUGGUGCCAUUGCCUGUCGCCGCAUCCCUUCCUGCUCCUUUUUUUCCAAGCAGAGCCUGGAGGUCGCUGGGUUCAAUUUCCCUGGCAGCUCUAGUACUGGUCGCACCUUCUACGUCCGUGACAAUCGGAGUGGCAGACGCUUCCUGCUCGAUACGGGUGCGCAGCUGACCGUAAUUCCUCCCACAGCGACCGAUCUUCGGUGCUCUAAUCCCGGCCUCUGA